CACGUGACCCGUGCUAACUAGCAAGAUGGCGGUGGCAGUGCGGAGUUUGCAAGAUCAGCUCGAAAAGGCCAAAGAAAGCUUAAAAAAUGUGGAUGAUAAUAUUCGCAAACUUACUGGACGAGAUCCAAAUGAUACCAGACCGGGCCAGAUCCGUCGGCUCAGCGGCCCCAUGGCAGCCCUGGGAGGAGGAGGAGGAGGAGGAGGUAGAGGCAGAGGAAUAAAUUUGCUCAGGCGUAGUCUCUCAGAUAUGGGGAGCGGCGGCCCACCUGCCAAGCAGAGGGACAUUGAAGGAGCCCUGCUGAGGCUGGCAGGAGAUCAGAGGGCCAGGAGAGACGUACGUCACGACAGCGACGCUGAGGAUGAUGACGAUGUCAAAAAGCCAGCGUUGCAGUCGUCCGUUGUAGCUACCUCCAAGGAGAGAACACGUCGAGAUCUCAUCCAGGAUCAAACUAUGGAUGAAAAAGGCAAACAAAGGAAUCGACGCAUGUUUGGUUUGCUGAUGGGGACGCUGCAGAAAUUUAAACAGGAGUCAAAUGUCUCUUCAGAGAAGUUAAAGCGGCGUUCAGAGAUCGAGCAGAAGCUCGAGGUUCAAGCUGAGGCUGAGAGGAAGAAGGUGGAGAAUGAAAAGAAAGAGCUGUUCGAAGAGAGGAGAGCCAAGCAGACAGAGCUGAGGCUGCUGGAACAGAAAGUGGAACUAGCUCAGCUGCAAGAGGAGUGGACCUGCCACAAUAACCACUUACUAAAAUAUAUUCGCACAAAGACAAAACCUCACAUCUUCUACCGGCCUAGAAAAAUGUGCUCCGCAACACAGAAACUCCUCGAGGAAUCCACCAAGAAGCUAAAUGCUGUGUUUGAGGAGAGGCGCGAGGCGUUCGCAGAACACCUCAGCAAGAUGGAGCUGCGUCCGCGGCGGCAGCUGAACCGUGACCAGGACAGCAGCGCGCUCUCAAGGACGGACCACCCAGCGGAGGGUAAGCCAGCAGGUCAGGCAGACAAGCGAACAGGUAAAAGAGGCCAUGCAGGGGUGGAGCAACAUGAGGAGGAAGAUGAGGACGAGGAGGAGGAAAAAGAGGAGGAGAACAGAAAGGAGACGGAGCAGGGAGGAGAUGGGGAGGAAGGGGAGGAAGGUGAGGACGCAUUGAAGAAGAUAGAGGAGGAGGAGGAGGAAGGGAUGGAGGUGAGUGAGGAGGGGAAGAAAGACGAGGAGAAGGCAGAGAAGAAGGCGAGUCCAGAGUCAGAGGAGAUGGAGGUAGAGAAGGCAGAAAAGGAGGAUAAGGUAGAGGAGAAGGCAGAAAAGGUGGAUGAGGUAGAGAAGGCAGAAAAGGAGGAUGAGGGGAAAGAGAGAGAGGUAGACACAGUCAGUCAGCAGGGGCCCGCAGAGCCUCAAGAUGUAACGACUCCGGACCCCCAGAAACCUGAAGCAGCUCUCAGCAACCAGGAGUCAGCAAACAAUGAUCUGGCCCAAGCCAGCACCCCCACUGCAACAGAACCAGUGCAGUCCCCAGUGGUAGAGGGGGCUUCUCCAAGCCCAGAACUUCCAGCAGCCUCCGCCGCUCCUGCACAGGUUUCCCCCCUUCCUGCACAGGAUUCCACUGUUCCUGCCCAGGAUUCCCCCCAUCCUGUCCCGAGUCCCACACAUGAGAAGCAACUGGUGGAGGUCAAAUCUGUGGAGGAGGCCCCACAAAUGCUCCCCGACUCCCAGGAGACCCCCGCAACGACUCCUGCUAAGGAGGAUGAGGAGAGAGGCAGGGGGAGGAAGGAGAAGGAAGAGCGGAAGCGCCACAGUCGCAGCAACAGCUCCUCCUCUUCCUCGUCCGGAUCCUCCUCCAGCAGCAGUUCUUCGUCCUCCUCCGGAUCCAGCCGCUCCUCGUCCUCGUCCUCCUCAUCCUCGUCGUCCAGCAGCCGCAGCCGAGACGGCGGCAAGCGAAAGAGGCGGCCGUCGGACCGAAGCAGAGACAAGAAGAAGGAAGACGAAAGAAGUCGUCACAAGGGAGGAGGAGGGAGGGAUUCAAAGAGGAGGAACGAGGAAGGCAAGGGCAGGUCCUCCCGAAGCGAUAGGGAGCAGAAAGAUAGAGACAGGAAGGACAAGAGACGCUGAAGUGAUUGAGCUUCAGUAAAAACAGCAGUUUACUUUGACGUGAGAUGACUGCUUUUAAACAUUUCUUUAAAACACUGCAUGUCUUUUUUUUUUAUCCUUGGAUGUUUUAAUGAAACAGACCUCUUGUCAAAUUUUGUUGGUCACUAGUCAAACUGCAUAGAGAUGUCUUUUUUUUUGUAAGUGCCAUCUUAUGUGAUUUUCUAAUUAAUGUCUCUAGUAAACGGGUCAGAUUGGAGAACCAAUAUUCUGGUAUUUGGGGUUGAACAAGAACUGUUAGAAGAUGCUGAAGCUUGGAUGUUGAGUUUUGGUAAAACUUUUCAGAUACAGUACUUUUCUUGUGCUUCAUGUCAUUGUGACAAUAUUAAUUCUUACCAAUUUCAACAAUUUGAUCAAUGUCAAGUGUAAUUAGUUCAACUGUUUUUUUUUUCUACACUGUAAUCUACUUUAAAUAAAGUUGAAGUUUUGGCAUAAA